AUGCCUGUAAAGCUAGUUGGCUGUUGUUUGUGGGGUAGGGUGGGGGUGGGUUCAGUUAUUGGCAUCCAGGCUAAUGGCCUUGGGAAAAAAAGCACCAUUGAGCUAUGCCACCGUGUUCUCCAAUGUUGUGUCAGAAGCAGUGCACUGAAAGCAUGGAUGAGCUCCAUGAGGUACGGGAAAGGUGAUUGGCGAAGUAUAUCUCGAAAUUUUGUGGUAACAAGAACGCCAACACAAGUGGCAAGCCAUGCGCAGAAGUAUUUCAUUCGUUUAAACUCUAUGAACAAAGAUAGGAGGCGAUCGAGCAUUCAUGAUAUCACUAGUGUUAACAGUGGUGAUGUAGCAGUGCCCCAAGGGCCAAUUACGGGUCAAACAAAUGGUUCUGCAGGAGUUUCAAGUGGCAAAUCAAACAAACUACCACUUCAAGCCCCAGCUGCUCCCCCUGGAGUUGGCAUGUAUGAUGCACCAACUAUAGGGCAACCAAUAGGGGGACCCCUUGUUUCAGCAGUUGGCACGCCGGUAAAUCUUCCUCAACCACACACAUGGGAUAUGUUGUUAGGAACCCAGUUCCCGGGACAUUAG